AUGUUUUACUAUUUAAAACAUGUUAGUUCAGUCGGUCAACCGGCUAUCCCCUUAUGGAUAUCUUCCAAUUUGGCUAUGUUAACCAGCACUGCAAAACCAUCGAGUUUACCAAAUAGCCCACAGGGUCAUACGCUUUAG